CAAAACUGACAGCUGUAUGAAACUGGACAAGUACACGUGACUGCUGGAAGAUGGAAUGCAAGUUGCCGGGAUUGUUGACAUUUUUACUCGUUGUUCGGGAAUGUUUUUGUAGUAGCGAUUUAUAUACCGAUAACUCCAUUAAGUAUGACGAAGAAGGAUUUAGAAAGAAUAUAGGAAAUUCUGUACAUUUUGUUAAAUUUUACGCCCCUUGGUGUGGCCAUUGUAAGCGACUUGCACCAAUUUGGGAUGAAUUGGCAGAGAAAUACAACAGACCCGGAGAAGAGAAGCUUGUUAUUGCUAAAGUUGAUUGCACAAUGGAAACUGCUCUCUGUUCAGAACAAGGAGUCACUGGUUAUCCCACACUAAAAUUUUUCAAGAAAGGUACAAUCGAAGGACAUAAGUACAGAGGUCCACGAGAUAUUGCUUCUCUAGAAGCUUUUAUCGCUAACAGUCUGGGAAAAGAAAACAUCAUUGAAAAGACUCCCGAACCUCCAAAGCCGAUCAACGAUGUCAUUCAACUCACUGAUGACACCUUUCACAAAUUCAUCGAGAGGGGAACUCACUUUGUCAAAUUCUAUGCCCCGUGGUGCGGACACUGUCAGAAACUGAUUCCCAUUUGGAAAGAGUUGGCAAACAGCUUAAAAUUUGAUGGAUCUAUAAAGAUAUCUGAGAUUGACUGUACGGCCCACCAUACGGCCUGUGGUGAAUUCGAAGUCAAAGCCUAUCCCACAUUGCUAUGGAUUGUUGAUGGAAAAAAGGUAGAAAAAUAUGAAGGAUCCAGAACACAUGAAGAUCUGAAACUUUACGUCAGCAAGAUGAAAGAACAGGAAUUUGGAAACAAUAAAGACAGUGUAGAAGGAGCAAUUCCAGAGAGUGUUUCCAGACCAGAAAUGGCAAUUAUACAGCUAACAGAAAAUGAUUUUGAAGAGACGAUAGAAACGGGAGUGACUUUCGUCAAGUUCUUUGCUCCCUGGUGUGGACACUGUCGCAAUUUGGAGCCAACGUGGAACCAUCUCGGACAGAAGUUCUCAAUGAAUGACAGAAUCAAGAUUGCUAAAGUUGACUGCACAUUACAUGAAAAUUUAUGCAGUAAACAUAAGGUCGAUGGAUAUCCCACUCUCCUCCUCUUCAGAAACGGCGAGAGGAUGGCAGAAUACAAGGGAAACAGAGAAUUGCCUUCACUGCACGAUUUUGUGCUGGACCAUCUACCUCACGAUGAACUCUAAGCAUUUCAUCUUCCCACAUUGAUGAAAUUCCCUAAUUAUAAUUGCAUUAUCUGAAGAAAAUCUACACUUCCUAAAUACUGUUUUGGUUUUAAAUUUCUAAAGUUAAAUUUAAAAAUAUUUGGUAACUGAUUCCGAGAUACUAAGUUUACCAACUUGUAAACUUAGUAUCUUGGAAUCAGGUCCAGAUUUAAAUUAAAUAUCUCAUCAUUUCUUAUGUUUAAUCUGUCAGAAAGACAGAAUAUUCAUAUUCUGCAUUGUAGUUAUCAAAUUCAAAAAUUAAUUAUAUAAUUUUGAUAACUGUGAGAUGUGGAUUUAUAAGAUUGCUUUGCAAGGUAGGAUGUUACCUUUAUACAGUAUGAAUCUCUCAUCUACACAACAUUUAAACAAUUUAGCACAUGAGAUAAAUUUAUUAGCAUAAAUUUUCAAAAACUGUUUGAUGCUCAUCCAGUUACUGCAUAUCGAAUGCCAUGUCUCGGACACUUAUUGGCCAAGACAUCACAUUCGUACAUCUCUCGAGCGUGUCUUUAUAUUGUUUUGUGGUGAGCAAUUCUGAGUAUCAAAGCAAAUUUUUUUUGUUCCAUGAUUUUUUAAACAGCUUUCAGAAUGUAGUACACAUCUGCAACAUUAUUUUGUAUUGAAAUUUAAGAACAAAUGCACUACCAUAUCAGAUUUGUAGAACCAUAGAAUAUUCCAUAAUGCCAGAUUUCAAAUGUUAUAAUUAUAUAAUGUACCGAGGAUAGACUUACCUAGAAAUAGAUGUUUGGUUAAUAUUUAUAAUGAUAAAACUAUCGCCCAUUGACGGUCAGGAGUUUAACAAAUGCAUUUACCCCAAUGAAUGAAUAAUUAUAAGUUUUGUCGUCACUUGUUCAUACACAAUGUUAAUUAUGGAGUUGUAAAAAAAAAUGUAUUUUUAUAAAUAAAGCUGAUGACAUAUUGUGUAUUGGGUAA